GUAGAGUCUCAUGCCCUUGGAGCGCAUGGUGUUGCUGCACAGAAAUGGCAGAAGAAGCUCAGAGCCGGCUACAGAAUGCGGUAGAUGGGAUGGUGAAGAACUUGGAGAGGGAGAACAUCCGGAAAAUGCAGAGUAAAAUGUGUUUCGGUGUAGCGCUCAGUGCUGUGAUAAUGAAACUGCUUCUAUGCAGACUGUACACAACUGUAUAGAACGCUGCCAUUUGCCACUUGCUCAGGCCCAAAGUCUGGUCACCAAUGAUCUGGAGAAGUUUCAGGACCGCCUUGGUCGGUGCACCAUGCACUGCAAUGACAAAGCUAAGGACUCCUUUGAUUCUGGCAAUAAAGAAGUAAAAGUGAGGGCUCAGUUGGAGACCUGUGUGAUGAAGUGCGCAGAGGAACACAUGAACCUUAUCCCCAGUAUGACCAAGAAACUGAAGGAGGCUUUAAUUGAGGUUGACAAGAAAACAUCCUAA